AUGAGAAAGCAUACAAACAAGAUAUUUAAAAAGAUAGUUGCUAGAACUGGCCCGACCUCUCCCAUUGUUGCUGAUCGAAGCUCUUUACAUAAUAAAAUACCUCCGAAGAAGCUUAGAAAGAGUAAAAUUAAAUUUGAGAAGCAGGGCUCGAGUUACACUGUAUUCUCAAAUAACUCUGCUUUUACAUCGACAAGGGAGAACCAGAAAAUACAGUCUAUUCGUAAUAAAAAGGAAAGUAUUCGCUCUCCUGGAAAGAUAAAUUUUCACCAACUUGAUGAUGCAAGCGAUCCCCAUAUUGGGCUUCCAAAUUCUAACGGAGGAAGUUUUCUUUCGGUGAAGACGCCUACUACAAAGGAUGCUAGAAAUUGGGAAACCCACAUUGAAGACCUAAAGAACACAGAUCGUCAGAAGAAGUCGAGGCAUAGUAAAAAUACAACUUUGAUGAAUGGGAAUACUCCUUAUAGCAUUUUUCUGAAUGUUCAGCCAAAUAUUAGUAUUGUCAGAGGGAAAGAUGGUGGUGAUAAAUCAAACAUCACCAAAGCUGAUUACCGUAGGAGCUUAAUGAAAUAAUAAGCGGAGGUUAUAAGAAAAUAGUAAUCUUAUGUCUCAAAAUAUGUUGCAAAAAGAUGCUUCAGGCAAACUUCCUGAUUUGAGAAAACAUCAAGAUUUUCAAAGAGGCAAAUCAGCUGCACGAAAAAGAAGAGUAUUCUCUCCUAAUGUAACUGGGAACAGGAUGAGAUCUAUCGAAUCAUUUAAUUCUCCACAACCACCUCGGACUAAGAAAAGUAGAAUGGUGCAAAAUAAUCCUUCGUACAAUACCAGGAGGCCUAAAAUAAAAUAAGAAAUCAGGACAAGGACUCCAGAAAAAUUUUAAGAAUUCUCAAUUAAUCACCUUCGAUCUUUCCAAAGCGAAAGAUAUUAAAUAAGAUGAGAAAGUUAGUAAAUAUGCAAGAUAAGAUCAAGAAUGUCAAACUGACACCGCUCAAAGGCGGAACCAUCCAAAAUAUGGCAAAUAUAAGGAAGAAGGUUAGCACGAACAAGAAAUUCAGUUCUACCACCAACAACACAUUCAAUAAUUUCUCAAGCACGAAGUCUAGAAUCAGAGUAAACUCAAUUAAGAAGACAAUUAAGCAAAGGCAGAGAAGGUUGAAGAUGGAGAAGACUCAGUCAGUCCCACAGGGUAAAACACCUCCUAAGUUAAAACACAGAAUCGAAGAGGAUAAGUACGAUAAAGACAAAUAUGAAGAAGACAUUAAGGAUGACUCACUGGAAACUUCAAGGUAGAAUGUUCAGCUAAACUGUAGUGUAUCUUCGAUAGACGACUUUGAAA